AGGACAUUAGAAGGGAGGCCGAAAAACAGAGUGAGAAAAGGUGGGGUACGGUUCUGGACGGAGAAAAUUAGCCCACAUUUUCAAUCCCCAAACGCUACUACCUAAAACACUCCUUCUCUCAUCAUCACUCCCUCUUUCUCUCUCCUCUUCUUCUUGCUUUGACCUCCUGCACUCGCGAUCUCCCCCCCUGCUGCUUUUUUCCUCACACGCAUUUCUGCCUGGCUUUCUUCCUGAUUCUCGCUUAACCCUCCUUUGAUUCAGUUUUCACUACAGACAUUGGAAUUUGAAGACUAUCGGUGGCAAUGAGUGACUCCUCCAUGAAAUGGUGACAUUUUCUUGAUUGAGUCAUUGUGGAAUGAGUGAAACUGAGCUCACCAUCAUCCAAGGGAGAAAGCUAAAAUGGUAAGAGGAAAUAUAAGGGCAAAGCUUAGCUGGACCAAUUUGUACACAUUUGCAUGUAUAAGGCCGCCACAAGAAGCUGAAGAUGGGGGCUCUCAUUCUUCAGGUCCGGGUUAUUCGCGGAUAGUCCAUUGCAACCAACCUCAGCGCCAUGAUGUAAAACCUCUCAAGUACUGCUCGAAUUACAUAUCCACGACAAAGUACAAUAUCUUAUCCUUCCUACCGAAGGCUAUAUUCGAGCAGUUUAGGCGCGUUGCCAACCUUUACUUUCUUCUGGCUGCAAUCCUCUCCCUCACACCUGUUUCACCAUUCUCUGCUCUAAGUAUGAUAGCGCCUUUGGUAUUUGUUGUUGGCUUGAGUAUGGCUAAGGAGGCGUUGGAAGACUGGCGGAGAUUCAUUCAGGAUAUGAAAGUCAAUCUACGGAAAGCUAAGGUCCAUAAAUCAUGUGGGAAUUUCGGUUCACGACCGUGGAUGAAGCUUCGCGUUGGAGACAUUGUGAAAGUGCAAAAGGACCAAUUUUUUCCAGCAGAUUUACUUCUUUUGUCAUCUAGUUAUGAAGAUGGAAUAUGUUAUGUGGAAACAAUGAACCUAGAUGGAGAGACAAACUUGAAGGUCAAAAGAGCUCUAGAGGUUACCUUAAACUUGGACGAUGAUGAGUCCUUCAAGGACUUCAGAGCAACCAUAAAGUGUGAAGAUCCCAACCCCAAUCUUUACACUUUCGAGGGAAACCUCGAAUACGACCGUCAAACUUAUCCUCUUGACCCUAGUCAGAUUCUCCUCAGAGAUUCAAAAUUAAGGAACACAGCUUAUAUAUAUGGAGUGGUUAUAUUCAGUGGGCAUGAUACCAAGGUCAUGCAGAACUCUACAAAAUCCCCCUCGAAAAGGAGUCGGAUAGAAAAACAAAUGGACAAAAUUAUUUACAUCCUUUUUACUCUUCUUUUGUUGAUCUCCUCAAUUAGCUCAAUUGGAUUUGCUGUGAAGGUGAAGUUCCAGAUGCCAGACUGGUGGUAUUUACAUCCUGAGGACGAUGGAAAUGUUUUCUAUAAUACAUCCAGACCUGCAUUGUCUGGGAUCUUUCAUCUUGUUACUGCUCUUAUAUUAUAUGGAUACUUAAUACCCAUAUCCCUAUAUGUCUCCAUUGAAAUUGUCAAGGUGUUACAAGCUCUGUUCAUUAAUCGGGACCUCCAUAUGUAUGACGAAGAGUCUGGAACUCCUGCUCAAGCAAGAACAUCAAAUCUAAAUGAGGAGCUAGGGCAGGUUGACACAAUCCUCUCUGACAAAACUGGUACUUUGACAUGCAACCAAAUGGAUUUCCUCAAAUGCUCCAUUGCUGGAACUGCAUAUGGAAAGCGUGCUAGUGAUGUCGAACUUGCAGCUGCGAAGCAAAUGGCCAUGGAAUUCAAUGAGUCGGACCCUGAAAGAAAACCUAAUGGAUCAGAAAUUGAAAUAGAGGCGGCCUCUACAGGUAAAGAAGAAGAAGAAGAAGGCGAAGAAGUAGUAGUAGAAGAAGAGAAAAAACCUGAAAUCAAGGGAUUUAGCUUUCAGGAUAGCCGCCUCAUGAAUGGGAAUUGGUUAAAUGAACCAAAUGCAGAUUUCAUCUUGCUAUUCUUCAGGAUACUCUCAAUCUGUCACACGGCAAUUCCUGAACUAAAUGAGGUGACUGGUAGCUUCAACUAUGAAGCAGAAUCACCGGAUGAAGCUGCUUUUCUUGUUGCAGCUAGAGAAUUUGGUUUUGAGUUUUGUAAAAGAACUCAGUCAAUCAUAGCUGUUCGUGAGAGAUAUCCUUAUUAUAUAAAACCCGCUGAAAGAGAAUACAAAGUUCUAAAUCUGUUGGACUUCACAAGCAAGAGGAAGAGAAUGUCUAUUAUUGUUCAGGAUGAGAAUGGACAGAUUUUACUCUUGUGCAAAGGAGCAGACAGCAUAGUCUUUGAUAGAUUAGCAAGAAAUGGGAGAAUGUUUGAGGAAGCUACAUUAAAGCAUUUGAAUGAUUAUGGGGAAGCAGGGUUGCGUACACUUGCACUUGCAUACAAAAAAGUUGAUGAAGCUGAGUAUGCUGUUUGGAAUGAAGAGUUUACAAAAGCAAAAACUUCAUUGGGAAGUGACAGGGAAGCAAUGCUUGAACGCUUAUCUGAUGUAAUGGAAAGGGAUCUGUUUCUUCUUGGAGCUACUGCUGUAGAGGAUAAAUUGCAAAAAGGGGUUCCCCAAUGCAUUGACAAACUGGCGCAAGCCGGUUUAAAGAUCUGGGUCUUGACUGGUGAUAAGAUGGAAACUGCAAUAAACAUAGGAUUUUCUUGUAGUUUGCUUCGACAAGGGAUGAAGCAGAUAUGCAUAUUGGCAAACACGGGAUCAGCAGCAAAUGACACCAAUGAGGCUGUCAAAGAGAGUAUUUUGAUGCAAAUCGCAAAUGGGUCUCAAAUGGUAAAGCUCGAAAAGGACCCACUUGCUGCAUUUGCAUUGAUUAUUGAUGGAAAAGCACUAGCAUAUGCUUUGGAGGAUAACAUUAAACAUCAAUUUUUGGACUUGGCUGUUCACUGUGCAUCUGUUAUUUGCUGCCGUGUCUCUCCUAAGCAGAAAGCUUUGGUGACAAGGUUGGUAAAAGAAGGGACUGGAAGAACUACCUUAGCCAUUGGGGAUGGUGCAAAUGAUGUUGGAAUGAUUCAGGAAGCUGACAUUGGCGUUGGAAUCAGUGGUGCAGAAGGAAUGCAAGCAGUGAUGGCUAGUGAUUUUGCCAUUGCACAGUUCCGUUUUCUGGAGAGGCUUCUUGUUGUGCAUGGUCACUGGUGCUACAAGCGCAUUGCUCAAAUGAUAUGCUAUUUUUUCUACAAGAAUAUCGCAUUCGGCCUCACGCUAUUUUACUAUGAAGCUUUUACUGGCUUCUCUGGGCAGUCAGUCUACGAUGAUCUGUAUAUGCUACUCUUUAAUGUGGUUCUCACAUCCUUGCCUGUCAUUUCACUUGGAGUCUUUGAGCAGGACGUACCAUCUGAAGUCUGCUUACAGUUUCCAGCACUUUAUCAGCAAGGACCCAAAAAUCUGUUCUUUGAUUGGAAUAGGAUAUGUGGGUGGAUGGGUAACGGUUUUUAUGCCUCGGUCGUCAUCUUUUUCCUGAACCUAAUCAUUUUCUAUGAUCAAGCCUUCCGAUCUGGAGGCCAGACUGCUGACCUCACUGCUGUAGGGACAGCUAUGUUUACUUGUGUGGUGUGGGCCGUCAACUGCCAAGUUGCGCUAGCCAUGAGCCAUUUCACAUGGAUACAACACAUUCUUAUCUGGGGAAGCAUCGCUGCUUGGUACAUAUUCCUUCUCUUCUAUGGUGCAUUAUCCCCAAACAUUUCUACAAAUGCAUUUCAAAUCCUCGUCGAAGCCCUUGCCCCUUCCCCUAUUUACUGGCUGACCACAAUCUUGGUGAUGGUGACGUGUAACCUUCCGUACCUGGCCCACAUAUCUUUCCAACGGGCAUUCAACCCGAUGGAUCAUCACAUCAUUCAAGAAAUCAAGUACUACAAGAAAGACAUUGAGGAUCGGCAUAUGUGGACAAGGGAGAGAUCAAAAGCCAGGGAGAGGACAAAGAUUGGGUUCACAGCUAGGGUAGAUGCAAAGAUUAGGCAGUUGAAAGGUAAGUUGCAGAAAAAGUAUUCUGCUACGUCUACAAGAACAGAUGUUUCACAAACAUAACAUAAAUUCAUCCUGCAGUUUUUUUCAUUUUCUGCUAAUGUAUAAAUUAGGAUUUUUGGGCCAUAUGCAGUGUUCUUUCUGGCCAUUUUUUUUCUUCCAAUAGUUCACCUGUAAUAUUGUUGUGUCCAGUAUAGUGAAGGUGCAUUAGGCUAUUCAUUACUCAAUACAAAGGCUCUGUUGUAUGUAGUACUGGGUAAAUUUU